CAUAUGGUUGUAAAUGAUCAACAAAGCGCGAGGGGUGCCGCAGAAUCGGCUUACGUCAAUCAUGAUACCGAGGUUUUUCCUGUCGGUACCUAUACGCAAAAUUCAUCAAGUGAGUAUCUUCCAAAGGAUUCUUCUCCAAAUUAUAGCUUUUACGAAGAUCCGUAUGGACAGAAUUCAACUGAUCGAGAAUUAUUAUAUAUACUUGAUUUUCAUUUCAAAAUUGAUACACAUGAAUAUAUUUAG